AUGAAGAUAUAUAAAUUAAUCCAUUUCUUUUUGGUAUAUAAAUGGUUAAAAAAUUAAUGUAUGGGAUUUCAUACACCGACUCUGAAUUCUGAAACCAUCCUCUUUCUUUAUAUAGAUAUAUACAUAUAUAAUUCAACUCCUCCUUCAGUAAUGGUGGAUCUUCAAACUGUCUGCUGCAUGUGCGGCGACGUUGGUUUUCCUGACAAACUCUUCCGCUGCAACAAGUGCCACCACCGCUUUCAACACUCGUAUUGCAGCAACUAUUACAGCGAGUUGGCAGAGCCAAUUGAACUGUGUGAUUGGUGUCAAAGCGAAGAAAGAAACUCAAGGCAUGGAAGCUCUUUAAAGAAGUCAUCAGGUGGAAACGGAAGUGGAAUAAUCGUAAACCGAUCCGAGUAUUCGGGUGACAAGAUCAAGCAACACGAUCGAGACGAGAGUAGUGGUGGUGAUCACAAAGGGAAGAGCAGCGGCACUCCUUCUCCCAGGCCUACCACACGCAGGUACAAGCUUCUCAAGGAUGUCAUGUGUUGAGAAAAAAGAACCUCUCUUCCACCCCCAAAAGAAUGAGUAAAGAAAACCAACUUUUUUGGUGUGUUGAUAGUAGCAAAAUGUUUAUAAGGUGUGUUUUCUUUUGAGGGUUAUGGAUGCAUUUUGUUGACAGUAUGGUUUUCAGUUUCACUUUUUCCCUGUAAAUUGUUAAUAAAAUAAUGUACAACUUUUUUUAUCAAAUUGGAUCGGUGGCACAAGUUUUUAA